UGAUGCAACGGAAAAGAAUAGAAUUUCUAAAAUGAUCGAAAAACAUAAUAAAUUUUUACUUGAGCACCUAGUAAAAUUUAGUAGAGAAACUGGUGUGAGAAUCAUUUAUUUAAAAAUUGAUAAAUUUUUUAAACAAUUACAAACUGAAGAGGGUAUGACCUGUUACGGAAUUAUAAAUGGAGAAGAUGAAGCUAAUGAUUUUUAUAACAAUUCCAAUUCAAAUACAAAUAACGAAAUUAAUGACGAAAUUAAUGUUGAUGAAAUUAAUAAUGAAAUUAAUAAUGAAAAAAGCUUGUUUAUGUUUUGGGAUGCGUACCAUGUUAGCACGUUAGUUCACGAAGCUUUAGCAAACAUUUCCUUUGAAAUUUUAGAAAAUUUGGGUUCUUCAUUUUCUAGUCGUAAAAGAGAUAGCUUUGCUACAAAAACAUUAGGUGUAAUUUUGGGUGAUUAUACACAAUAA